CCUUGUAUACAAGAGAUGUACCACAAGGAGGAAGAGCGUUGUGGUGUCACCGAAAAGCAGAAGAAGAAAUUCAAGAAAAUGCAAGGGAAGUUGUCACAUGAGUGGGAGGUACGUGUGCCAGCGUCAAUCGUGUGGGAAACGUAUGGCACGCUUGAACUGGGAAAGGUGGUGGCCCAACUGCUCCCAAACCUCAUAGAAAAGGUAGAACUUGUAGAAGGCGACGGAGGCGUUGGCACCGUCCUUGCACUCACCCUCCCCGAAGGAACUCCGGGAUUCAAUUUCUACAAAGAGAAGUUUACAAAGAUCGACCACGAGAAUCGUGUGAAAGAGACCGAAGUGGUCGAAGGCGGGUACUUGCUAUUCGGGUUUACCCUUUAUCGGGUCCGCUUGGAAAUCAUCGAGAAAGAUAACGGUACGUCCAUCAUCCGAUCGUCGGUUGAGUAUGAAAUUGGAGAAGGUUCUGCAGCUGACCCGUCCAUCGUCUCUACUAAGGCGCUGGAGGUGAUGGCCCAGGUCGUCGGCAGAAAUCUUGAAGAGAAGAACGCUAGCGUUGGCAAUGCCUAAGAAAUUCAGAGAAUUUUUCAAGUUGUUCUUCUUAUGAUUUGGGUGCGUUUGGAUUCUCAAUCGAACUGAAUUGCAAUAAUUCUAAUAAAAUAUGAGGAAUUAGCAAGGAGUA